GAUGAGGUCGGAAGUACGACAAUGCAAAACAGCAGCACGGCGGAAUUUUCUUUGCAGUUUAAUGCUACAUAUCUGCUACAUUAUUAAAUCCUGGAAUCAUAUGUAAUGUUUAAAAUGGUUAGAAAUUAAAAACGAAUAACUUGAGCUGCGCCUUACCAUUCACUGGGUCUUGACCCAUUGUUUACACCUGUCCGAAAAGUGUAUAAUGGUGUGUAAUUUUGUAUACGCUUGAAAGGAAAAAGGUCAUUUCAGCCGCUGAUAUGUCCGUCAGAAAAGAAGUAUUCCAGUCCAAGGUCCUGCAGAGACUGUAUCCUGCAGCCCUGGAGCAGAGUGUGCUGCAACCUGCUGCCCAAGAGCGGGGUGUACUUGCACCUGUGCCACCUGUAGAAAGACCUCAGUUCAUCCCACCCAAGAAGUCAGGUAAUGAGAAGAGUAAAGCUGUAGAAGGUAAAAAGCUCUACACUGUUCUUCCUCCUCCUGAAGGCUACCUCAUUAAAAGUGGGGAGGAUUUGGUCACACCAUCCAAUCGAGAUCCCACUGACUCAGAGAACAGCCCAGCCGAUGCUGAUGACCAUGAGUUACAUAAGAGAAGGAAAAGGAGGAGAAAGAAAAAAGAGUUACUCAUUACCACAGAGGAAGUAUCCACCUCUCCAACAGAGGGCGCUGUACAGGGUCAGACAGAUGCUGCACAUCCCAGUAAUGAAGGGGACACUGGAAGCUCAGUUGGCACAGAGCAGCUUAGCAAGAACAGAAAGAGGAAGAUGAAGAAAAAGCGUCACAAAGAGAAAGUCCUCGCUCUUGGAUUGGUGCCUCGAGCAAGAGCUGUUGAAUUCACAUACGCACAGAGCGGAGAUGGAAAUGCAGAGGAGGUGCUUGACUUCCUUCGUACCACGCUGGAGAUCUACCUCUCUGAUCAAAAAUCCUCUGGCUCCUGUGUAGAAAGUAGCCCGUCUCUUUCCCUGACUGCAGCGGAGGCUCUGUUCUCUCGUCUCUCAGGCAGGACGCUGCCCCCUGUUGAGAUCUUUAAGCUGUGUGGACUUAGGGCUGUACUGGUGAAGAAUGAAGAGCAGUUAAAGUCACAGCUAAAAGAAUUCAGAGACGCAAGCACAUUACCUACAGAUGAGGUUUCAGUAGUCUGCACUCUUAUGGAGUAUUGGCUGGCAGAGAUUCUGCCCAUGCAGAGACAGCAGAGGACAUGACGCCCCCAGAUUCAGCGCCUGAGAGGAAAAUGACUGUGAAUAACCAGCAGGUCUCUGAUUGUAAUAUCUUAUUAUGAAAGAGAUCUUCAGUCAUGCUGUUUUAUAGUCAAGGAAUUCAAGAAACUCUGGAUCAAUCAGCUGCAGCAACAAUUUGGAUUCCCUUUGAAGACCCAGAAUGAUAUUCCAGUUUAUCUCGCCUUCACAUUAAUAAUUACUUAAGAGAAAGAUAUUUUUACACAUUCUCUGCUGCUCAUUCUUUCUUCAUACAGCACCAGUACACUCUCCGAGAGGUAUAUUUCUGCAAGACAAGCACUAAAGUAUUGUUAUUGACCGUGACGCUGAAGCUCAGCUCAUUAUGAGGCGUCUGUAGUUUAGCCUCUUAGCAGCUAAUUAUCUUAACGUCAGAACGUCAGCAGCCCCUUGCUGAUCUCACAGCCUGUUUGGAUCAUGACAUUUAAGCUUUUGCACACUAGACUGCUCAUUAACAUCAUUUACCCAAACCAGGGUCUCAUUUAAUUUUUUUUUUUUUUUUUUUUUUUUUUAUCUAUUCAAUGAGCUACUUUGGACCAUCAGUGUGACAUUGACUUUGGGCCAGCCUCUGUGAUCAUUAGUCUGACUAGAAAAAAGAUAUUUAUUAAAGUUUUAAUUCAAUUUGUAAAAAAUAAACAACUGUGGGCUUGUUUUCAGUGAUUGUUUGAUAUGCCUACGUGCAGUGCACUACAUACGACGAUCCAUUUAAACUGAUUGAAUGGCUUAUCCAUGACGUCAAGGAAGAAUACAAGCAUCUCCAGACUGCGCUAUGUGUGACACAAGGCAACCCACAACAUAGACUUGGAUGCCAUUAUAGGAUCACAUGGAUCUGGGUUGCCUCAGACAGAGAAUAAGUUUUUCUUUAUUGCUUCCCAUUAGGUUACAGUGUUUGGAAAUCAUAGCCCUGCUGUUUCACUCAGAAAAUAUUUCUUUGCACCAGCUGGAAUAUGGGGCAGAGGACACAGCAGGUGAAAAGAACAAAAUCAAAUUGCUAAUCAUCUUGUUUUAGCUGUAAACUCAGCAUAUCAUUAGAGUAAAGCCUCACUGCAGCUUUGAUAUCACCGUUUAUGGAUCUGGAAUAUCCACUCAGAAGAUGAGAGGCAAUCCUGCAAAGAGGUGGAGCUAAUAUCUGCCAGUCAUAAGUGUUCGGAAAAGCAAUUUAAUUUAAACAUACUAAAUGAUCUACCACAGAGUGAGGUCGUUUUAUUUAACAGGUCCUCGUAAAACCCAAGAUUUGUCGGACCCCAGUGAGACCCUGAACUCACAGACAGAUAAAACAUUGUACGGCUGAAGGGUCCAUAGUACUGUAUUGGGAAAGACAAUAUUCUGCUGUCCCCUGUUUAUUAUGUUCUCUACCCUGAGGCAAAACUCCAGACAGGUUCAUUUUGAAGUGUAGCAACAAUCAGAUAUUUAACUAGGUGAAUAAAUAA